UUUAAAAAUAAAAAUCAAUAAUAAAAUUAAAAUUUGAAGAAAAAAAUUAUAGUGUGAAUAGUACAUACUGUUCACAUACGAAAUAUUGAGUGGAGCAAGUUUUUUACAGUACACCGGCAGCGAAGUUGCAAUUAGAGCAGAAGUUGCAAUUAGAACUUACAAGUUAGAAGAAAGAAAGAAUAAAAACCUAUUAGAACUUGUAGAACAAAGAAAAAAAAAAAAAGAACGGUAUUGCUCAGCCUCAGUCUGAAGUCUGAACUCCCUCUCUCCAACAAAAACCCUAAUAAGCAUUUAGCCCACAAAAUGGACAGCCACGAUUCCUCGGAUCUACCGAACACUACGGGAAGCCCUUCUCAUUUAUCCGCCGGCGACGCCAUCCUGACCGAGAAGCGAAAGCGAGAGUCUGAACCCGACCCGGAAACCUCGUCCGACCUUGCCCCGCGUCAGCAGCACCCACUGUGGAAAACGAGCCUUUGCUCAUAUUUCCGGAAGACCGGCGGCUCAUGCAGCCACGGCGAGUCCUGCCGGUAUGCUCACGGCGAGGAGGAGCUCCGCCCGCGGCCCGACAACUCCUGGGACCCCACUUCCCAGCGGGCCAAGAAGAUGGCGCGAACACAUGAGAAGGAAGAUGGGGAAACGGCGGAGGAAGUGGAGGGUGGUGUAAUGAUGACGGAGGCCUUGGAAGACGGCGAGGAGGACUCUUCUUCUGGUUUGGGUAAAUGUAUUGUGAAUUUACCCAGGAAGUGGAGUUCCGAUAAUUUGAGGAACUUUCUCAGUGAACAGGGAAUUCCGUUUAAAUCGGCCAAGAAAAAGAAAAACAUGACUGUUGGAUUUGUUACUUUCGAAACUGCAGCAGAGGUCAAGGUUGCCUUGGAGGGGCUAGAUGGGAAAACUGUUGGCAAUAACAGAACUUUAAUGGUUUCAGAUGUCAUUCCACGGUCGUUUGAAAAAAAUGAUGAGGCUGACGAUGAUGGAAGUUUAAACAAUGGAUCUGUUUUAAAGGGUAGGAGUGCGCGUGAUGUGGUGACUCCUCUUGCUCACAUGUCCUAUGCGGAUCAGCUAGAGCACAAGAAGAACUCACUGGCACAAAUUCUCAGAAGAUUAGUUAGUAUAAUCAUCCUUGCUGCUUUUUCUACUCGCAAUGCACGUAAAGCUUGUCCCCAUGGUGUUUCACUUCCAGAAUGGAUUAUGAAAUCUAGAGAAAUAGGUGGUCUUCCGUGCAAACUGGAGGGUAUAAUUGAGUCGCCUCUUGUCAAUGGGUACCGUAACAAGUGCGAAUUCUCUGUUGGUUGUUCCUUGCAAGGCAAACAUACAGUUGGAUUUUUACUUGGCAAUUUCAGGGAGGGUGUGACUGCUGUUGAGGAACCUUUGGACUGUCCAAAUGUUUCCAUAAUUGGUAGCAGAUAUGCUGCCAUUUUUCAAGAAUUUUUGCAGAAUUCAAAAUUGCCUGUAUGGAACAGAUUGAACAAUACUGGAUUUUGGCGUCAAUUAACGGUUCGUGAAGGUAGGACGCGUUCCAAGAAUGCUGAGGUUGACAAACUGGAGACCAAUAUUUCAGAGGUCAUGCUUAUAGUUCAGGUUUGUACGGUGAAUAUUGAUGAUGAAAUUGUUAAAGAUGAAAUUGUACAUUUGGCUCAAGCAUUUUCUGUGGGAUCAGUAGAAUCUCUUUUACCUCUUACAGCACUUGUAAUUCAGGAUCACAUAGGAAUUUCCAAUGCUGCCCCUUCUGAUGCUCCUUUGCGGUAUGUUUUCAUCCGGAAAGGGAUUGAUUGUGGACUCGAAAUAGCUAAUGAUGCUGUCGAACCAAGAAUUCAUGAUCACAUAAGCAACCUUAAGUUUUCAAUAUCUCCAUCGGCCUUCUUUCAGGUUAACACUCUUGCUGCUGAGAAGUUAUAUUCGCUUGCUGGUGACUGGGCUGGGUUGGGCCCCAACACUUUACUUUUCGAUGUUUGCUGUGGGACUGGGACAAUUGGCCUGACUUUAGCCGACCGUGUUGGUAUGGUUGUUGGCAUUGAAAUGAAUGCUUCUGCUGUUUCAGACGCUCAGAGGAAUGCAGAAAUCAAUGGCAUUAAAAACUGCAGAUUUGUCUGUGGAAAGGCUGAAGAUGUUAUUGGGUCGUUGAUGAAAGAGUACCUAUCUUUACCCCAAAACCAAGAUGAAACGAACACAUUAGGAAAUGAGGAGCCUGAAAUCAAGCCUUCUGAAGAAGAUUCCGAUUCUGCUGACUGUAUCACAGGAAAUGGCGAUAGCUCAACCAUUGACCAUGAGAAAAGCAGUAGCAUUGCCCCUAAAUCUCCAAAAGAUGAAAAACAGUUGGAGAAUUUUUGCACUUCUGAAAGUGGAAAUAACCCGAUUUGGCAAUUUACAAAUAUCGUUGCUAUAGUUGAUCCUCCACGCGUUGGACUUCAUCCAACUGUAAUCAAAGUUCUGAGGACACAAUCUCGUCUGAGGAGGCUUGUAUACAUUUCCUGUAAUCCCGAGAGUCUGGUGGCAAAUGCUAUCGAGCUCUGCACACCGUCUCCCCUUACGACCGAGAAAGGGAAUAACAAGAACAGGGGAUGGAAAAACGUAAGUUCGGCUGGUCUGGCUAGACGCAGGGCAAAGUCCAUGCCUAAUUCCGAGCCAUUUAAGCCGGUAAAAUCCAUGGCUGUUGAUCUUUUUCCUCAUACGAACCAUUGUGAACUAGUGAUGCUUCUCGAGAGGUGAAAUGUGCUUAAUAAGUCAAGGAAGCAUCUUUUCUUGCUGUUUGUGCUGGUUUUGGGUCUUGUGGAGAAGGUUGACUGCAUCAAGUUAAGUUAUUUCAACCUUAUCUGUUAUUUCUUGGUUUAUUAUUUGCAGCUCAUGUGGGAGUGUAAUUGUUUUAGUUGUCAGGAUAACCUUAUUGAGUAUGUUUCAUUUAACAAGAAAAAAAAAAUCUAUUCUGUUAUGAAUUUUAUACAUUUUUAUCAUUUAACUUUACGGAUUGGUAAAAUAGCUGAUAGCUGUGUGAUUGUUAGAGAGUAGUGGAAGCAUCACAUUAGCCAACCUCGAUAUGGACAUGUUCAUGUUUACUGUGGUAUCCCAUCAGAUUGAAAGUUGAGUUGUGGAAAAGGUUAGAAAAGAUAAAAAUAUAAAUAACAAGUGCAUCAGAAAGUGAUGACUUUUGAGAAUCCUGACAAAAGAAGAAAAGCAAAAGAUGGAGUCUGAAAGCAAAACUUGAUAAGUUCAACAAAAGGCUUCUUGUUGUUGCGUGGUAUGUGGGAGAAUGAAUAGCAUUUGGGCAACUUUGUGGUCCAGACAUUCUAUAUAGUAUAUACUUUUAUGUUUCCUCAAAUCCCUUAUUAUAAGUACAGAACACUUGAAUUUAAGCUCAGUACUUGGAUUAAAUUUGCAUUGCGCACUGUAUGAUAUGUAUAU